CGCAAGACUUCGACCAGACUCUUUUUAUAUCAGAAGCCAAGACAGGCAAUAUUUCACUCGAGAACCAUGUCCCUCAAGCCGUGUGUGAAAUGUACAAAAGACAUCAUCCGUGGAGCUGUGAUCGAUGGGCACAACUGGAUUUUCCUUGUCCUUAAAAUCCACUCUAGUGGUGAUGGUGCCAUAUAUGCUCAGUCUUUGCAACGGACUCGGCUCAUGAGCGUAGUCCUCUUGGUGACGAAGAAAUUUCACGCACAAUGUGUGAUGUGAUCGCUGGAAUCAUCGGAUAUUGGAUAGAGCAUAGCAGCGAAGAUAUCGGAGAUGAUGACUGAUUCCGUGUAGAGUGGAAAUAGGUAGCAUGCUGUUCGUUGAACAGGUCAGAGGUCGAAGGACUGGGCUGAGUGAUUCAGGUGAGGGUGGACUCUCGGAAGGGGACAGAGAGUUCUGGAAUAUGGGGUUCUGGUCUGCUGCAUAUGAAGGACCAGCUCCAAUAGCACCUGGACGAGCUGCAGAGUCGUCGAGGUGACGAUAAGCAGUGAUCCUCCUACGCUGUAGACUCCACUCGGCUAAAACACACGAGCGUCAUUACAGACGACCUUCGCUUUGCUCAA